AUGCCUCAACAGUCCCUAGACAUCCCACUCCGAACUUCCAGCGUCAACGCGGUAUCCCACGGAAUGUUGGCUCCAAUGAAAAGCCGCGAAGACCUUAAACGCGACAAGCCGUCCAAGGCUCAACGGCUCUUGGGUACUACAGAGAUUCCCCUCCCGCAGGAGCCUCAGCAACGGACCGACGAGACAAAGCGGACACGGCGGCCCAGCUUCAUGAGGAACCCAGAGACAAAAUCCCAGAAGUCUGCGGGCUUCGUCGCAUUCCCGACAGUUACACAGGAAACGAGUCUGCCCUCCCCAAACCUUCGUGUUCGAGCAUCGUCACCCCUCCUAGGCCAGGAAUAUCGAUCGCAUGAUGCCCCUCCGCUUCCAAGGAAGAUCCAUCAGUCCGGAUCCUCCUCUGCCUUAUUUUCAUACUUCAACUCCCGGGACUCGACCAUUGAGCCCACGUCCGGCUUCGCGGGUUCCACAAAAUCUUCACUGAAGAGUGAAAAGAGUUCCGAACCCCUUAACAGUACGGAGCCCCGCCUCCAUCUGAGACAGCCCAAAGGGCCGAUGAAGGAGUCGAAGCGGAAGAUGCGUCCCCCUCGAAUCGAUCUCUCGCUAUUGUUCCCCAAACCUCGCACAAAUGGCCCUCCUCUUCUCUCGCCCCAGCGCAUGGUCAACUCGCCCUCUUCGGUAUCGGUUUUCUCCGAACAAUCGGCCGUCAAACCAAAGGAAGACCUCCAUGCCGUCGGGAAAAGGCUCACCAAGACACCCCCGACGACAAGGGCCACGAGUCGCGUGCCAAGUUCGCCUGUCCCCGCAUCCCCCAAAUUGAGUAACCCAGAUUGGGUGGAUCCUUCUCUCGUCCGGACGGUGCGGACUAGCGAGAUGGACCUGGCUCUGGAUAAAUACAGCUUUGUUCAGAAACAAUCCCAACGACGCCCGUCGAGCACCUUAAAUUCACGUCAUCAAAACCGAGACCGAACGCAGGAUGCCGAUGCGAAAUCGACAGAUACCUCACUGCGCAAAGUCCCAUCUAAUAGCUCCGCUGGAGCCUGGAGCAAGGAGACAUAUCUCUCGCCGAAGAGCGCGCGGCCUACGCAUACACAAAGGUCGCGUUCGCCAAAUAGACAAACAGUGGACUUACAAGUCCCAUCCACCAAGAGUUCCGUGUCGAAGAAGAGUAGUAAGAGCACGUUGAAGAAUGUUGACCUUAACGUGUCAAGUGUGCUCUGCCUCUCAUCGUCCGAGGACGAGGAGGACGAAGAGGAGGAGCUGCCCAAGGAUCGACAAGAAGGGCACAAGAGUUGGAGAGACAGCGUUACGACGUUUGGUGAAUUCGAGGCCGAAAUCUGUACAGCUUCUGCCGCCCAAGCCACAAAGGGGACCAUCCGACGCGUUGAGAGGCCAAUGUCUACGAGCACGCGUGGCUCUCAACUGACGGCUCGACAAUCUGUUCACAGAAAGCCUUCGAUGCCUUCCGAAGGCAAAUCAUCUUUGGCUACGAGGAAGACUCCUUCCCGACGGUCAAGUGGUGUUCCUGCGAUUCUGGAGCCCGAGUUCUUCCACGGCGAUCCUAUCUUCAGCCAGCGGAGGAGCAUGGCUUUGUCUCAGAAAGAAAUGAACCGGAGGAGUCGCAUCAUGACCGUGACACGACAGGAGGAGACGCUCCUGGAAGCUAUGAGACAGCGGCGGGGGAAGAUAACCCCCAGCAUCUUCAACUACACCGGCGCCGACGAACCUGAUCGGAGAUCUAUGAUUUCGGGCCCCUCUCGGGACUCGUUCUAUGGCUCUGAUACGUCUUUCCUUCGGUUAAGCCCUGGAUUACCUCCGAAUCUAGCAAAGAUAGAGCAAGGUGCAACUCACAUUGACAAAGACGGUUCCACCUCUAAGGGCACGGCUUCUGAUACAGAACAGAAAACCGGUAACUCGAUGGCAUCUUCGCGAGCCAGCCUGGUAUAUUCGGAAAGUCUCCCAUCUCCCGCAACUAGUGCAGCGUCGCCCUUGACCCCGACCCUUCCUAUUCAUCGCUUCUCGACCUACUCGCAAAAACCACCCCCGAACUACCCACCCCCUGCCGUCCCCGAAGCCCAACGGCGACACUCACGCAGACGCACUGAUAGCAGUGAGGCCAUUGUGUUGGGUGAGACGGAGCAGCCCACAGACAAAGCCGAGUUCCCGAUCUGGGCGCUUGGGUGGACCGAAAACACGAAUCUGACUGCGGUACAUUGA